GAGUUCGCCAACUGGGUUUCUGCUCAUUGAGCCGUCAUCCCGAAAGAAAAUUCGAACGCAUAACGUGUCACUUGUCGAAUCGGUUCAUCUCAGCCCCAUAGUCGCGCCGUAGGGUGUUUCGUGCUUUAAUACACUCUCACGAUGAAGACCAUCGGAUGGGCGAUCCUCGGUUUUUGUGUCUUCGCCACCCCUUCGUUAGCGCUGAAGGAGGGCGAAUGUGAAGUGUGCGUUAGCGUCAUAGAGAAGCUCGACAAACUUCUAGAACCGGAAGAGAAAACGAACCAAGAUGCAAUCGAAGCCAAGUUCAGAGACUUUUGUCUAACUUCGAAGAAACAGGACAAUCGUUUUUGCUAUUACGUAGGAGGCUUGGAAGAGUCUGCCACAAAAAUCGUGGGCGAGCUGUCGAAACCCUUGAGCUGGGGAAUGCCGGCGCUCAAGGUUUGCGAAAAGUUGCAGAAAAAAGAUCGACAGGUCUGCGAGUUGCGUUACGAGAAAACCAUUGACCUCAAAACCGUCGAUCUGAAGAAGCUGAAGAUCCGCGACCUCCGGAAGAUCCUCAGUGACUUCGAUGAAAGUUGCGAUGGCUGUGUGGAGAAAUCGGAGUUCGUUCACAAAGUCGAAGUUCUCCGAGAUCUUCAAAUGAAACAGGAACUAUGAGCGGGCCAACAUUCACAUUAUCGAGGAAUUCCCAAGACCGUUUGCAUGAUCUAGUGUACAUUUUCUUUGAAUUCACCCGAUGGUCCGCUCCAAAGAAAACUCCAAUGUUCUCGGGACAAGCGGAUACCCCUCCGCUACACGAUUCGUGAAGGGAUCCGUCGGGUUAGGAGUGUAUAAUAAUAUUUAUAAGUAGGUGGAGCUGAAAGAUAAAACCAAGGAAAAUAAAAUACAUCGUUCCUAAGAUA